AUGGGUAGUCUUUCAAGAUCUCAAGUAUCAUUCAGAAGAUCAGGUUCAUCUGGACUUGUUUGGGACGAUAGAUUCUUAUCAGGAGAAUUAAACAAACUCAGUCAACAACAACAACAACACAAGAGUUGUGUUACCGACGAAUAUAAUAAUUUCAAAGAGCAUCACGCUGGAACCACCACUAAGAGGAGUCGCUCCACCAGUGCUGGCCGAGGAUACCGUACCCUAAAAGUAUCUCCGACCAUCUAUCCACCGUCUCCAAAACUCUCUAUGUGCGGCUUCUUUAGCCUUUUAACGAAGAAGGGUCGACGAUCAAAGUCCGGAAACCGUCGAUCCAGGUAG